GUUCGCUCGACCCUAUUACGUCUCGACACGGAUUCGAAAUUUUGUAGUGCCUUAGGGGUGGGGCUUGCACAAAAAAUAAGAGUUCAGUUUUUCUCUAUUCAAGUUAUCCGAUAUGAAACUAUUACAGCGGUCUUUUAGAACCCACUCGCGUUUAUAGCGAGAGAAUGGCAUCACGUAGAAACGGCUGUUAACUUUCAUUUUGUUUAAAAUUUACAAGCAGCCACUUUGCAAACUUGGGCUGCACUGGGGUUGAGCCGAGCGGGGGUGACUUGGAUCGUCUUCAAAACACGCAGGCACAGAAAAACUGGAUGAAGUGAAAAUUGCUGUACGCAGAGAAGUCGCUUUUGAGGGAGGCGUCACAUUUUCCGGUUGUGCCACGCCGCCUUUCACAUCGUCUGGGUGACGUCGGGCCUAAGCCGGACAGCUAAAGCGUUCCGUCGGCGGCAGAGAUUGGAGGAGUACACCAUGGUCCGAGUGGCCCUGGUAACGGCUACCAGCCUGGUCCUCACUGGGGCCGUGGUUGCACACGCCUACUACCUGAAACACCAGUUUUAUCCCACUGUUGUCUACCUCACCAAGAGCAGCCCCAGUAUGGCGGUACUGUACAUCCAGGCAUUUGUGCUUGUGUUUCUGCUGGGGAAAUUCAUGCGUAAAGUCUUCUUCGGACAGCUACGAGCCGCUGAGAUGGAGCAUCUGAUCGAGCGCUCCUGGUACGCCGUCACGGAGACCUGCCUGGCCUUCACGGUGUUCCGCGACGACUUCUCGCCACGCUUCGUGGCGCUCUUCACCCUGCUGCUCUUCCUGAAGUGCUUCCAUUGGCUGGCUGAGGACAGGGUGGACUUUAUGGAGAGGAGUCCAAAUAUCUCCUGGAUCUUUCAUUUCAGAGUACUCUCCCUAAUGGCGCUGCUUGGCAUCUUGGACUUCAUGUUUGUUAACCACGCCUGUCACAGCAUCAUCACGCGUGGCGCCUCAGUCCAGUUGGUCUUUGGCUUCGAGUAUGCCAUUCUGCUUACGAUGGUCUUGACCACCUUCAUCAAGUACACACUGCACACCAUCGACCUUCAAAGCGAAAAUCCCUGGGACAACAAGGCAGUCUAUAUGCUCUACACGGAGCUCUUCACCGGUUUCAUCAAGGUGCUGCUGUACAUGGCCUUCAUGACCAUUAUGAUCAAGGUGCAUACCUUCCCCCUCUUCGCCAUCCGUCCCAUGUACUUGGCCAUGAGGCAGUUUAAGAAGGCUGUAACUGACGCCAUCAUGUCUCGGCGAGCCAUCCGUAACAUGAACACACUGUACCCUGAUGCCACGCCAGAGGAUCUACAGACCACUGAUAACGUGUGCAUCAUCUGCCGGGAAGAGAUGGUAACGGGGGCCAAGAAGCUGCCCUGUAAUCACAUCUUCCACUCCAGCUGCCUUCGCUCAUGGUUCCAGAGACAGCAGACCUGCCCCACCUGUCGCAUGGACGUGCUCCGUGCAUCUCUGCCCAAUCAGGCGCCGACCCAGCCUCCUGCCCCUCCUGCUGCCCCGCCCCCACCGGCUGACCAGCCAGUCCCACCACCAGUGCCUCCCGGAAUGGUGCCCCCCUUCCCUCCUGGCCUCUUCCCCUUCUGGGGCCCCUUUCCCGGCGCAGUGCCCCCAGGGGUGGCUCCUGUGCCCCCGACGCAGACAGACUCCCCCCAGCCAGGGUCCGAGGUGUCCCAGGGAGCCCAGGCCGCUGGCAGCAGUCAGUCCAGCCAACCUGGCCCUGAUGGGGUCCCUCCCGCCCCCGGAGCUGCUAUCCCAGGAUUCCCGUUUUCCUUCCCACCACCGCUGCCCUCUGCCCCCUGGCUGGCCAUGCCCCCACCCCCACCUUUCGUGUCGUCCAUGCCACCCCCUCCAGCCUCGCUGUCCAGCCUGUCUGAAGCGGAGCUGCAGGAGCUGGAGCAGGAGGGCCGGCGCGGUCUGGAGGCCCGUCUCCAGUGCCUGCAGAACAUCCACACGCUGCUGGAUGCCGCCAUGCUUAACAUCCACCACUACCUCAGCACAGUGGCUACACUAAGUCCUCCCCGGGCGGAAUCGGCCAGUGCACAGGCGGCAACGGCGGAUGGAGCUGCAGCUUCUUCCCCGGCGGACAGCAUGGAGGACGGGACCCCAGCGGCUAAUAGCCAGACAGGUGAGACCGUUAACGGCGCCACAGGCUUCUCCCCCCCUGACUCCACCACCCAGGAGGAGGCACUGGAGGAGGACGGCGAGCCUAAUGCCGCCGAACUGAGGAGAAGGCGUCUCCGCAAGCUGGAUACAACCGCGCCCUCCGAGCAAUGAUGGCCAGCUGUCAGCUGCCCAGACCCCCCACCCCCGCCAACCCUGCCGAAUGGACCCCCUGACUCGUACACCUGUCAACUCAACAGGGACCGGAUAGUACAAGAUGAAUGACAUCCCUCCCCUGCUCAACAGCAAGCUGACUGUCCCUCCCUCCCACACGUACACAGAACAUGGCAGACAUUUGGUAGCCACUGUCCAGUUGGGACAGUGACUGAUUCUCAAUGACAGCUUUGUGUCACUUGAAAUAAAUCACUGCUCUGAACUGAGCCCCCCACCCCCCCCCCCCCCCCACAGUAAAUACUUUCUCUCCUAACAGGCUGUGUGUACUUCUGCCCUCCUGCUCCCCCCAGUUGCACACUUUGAUCGCGAUGACCGGUCCAGGUUCAAAAAAAGAAUUUUUAUUUUUUUAAAUUCCUACGUGUGCCUGGUUUGCAUUUUGACAGGCAGUGAAGGACAGUGAUGUUUUUCUAUCCAGUUCUCCGGAUCGCUUGAUGUCUCUCAAUCUAUACAUUUGGUUUUUUUUUUAUAAACUUGGUCUGUUCCCUCUCCUUUUGCCAGUCGGUAGCCUGGAGACCAGCGGCAAAGAAUGUUUGGCUUAGCAAUGCAGGUCUCACCCCACAUACUCUGUCGCUGGACGCCGGUUGGUUACUUACUACUUUUCAUUUCUCUUCAGUGCUUGGAAGGAUGAUGCGCAAUGAGAACAGCGGAGGGCUAAUUUAAGUUGUACAUAGUGUAUAAAGAGUUUUAAUAGGAGGUUCUGUACAUAUACAAAAAUAAACCAUUCUGAGGAA